GAAAACUGAGAGAGAAAAUUCGCCUCAAGAACGAAAAAUAACAAAAGAGUAAGAAGCCCCAAACCUUGGAUUGCUACUGAUUAUGAAGUAGAAUGCCAAUGUCCGCACGCCGUGACUGUGGACUGUUCAGUGUCGUAAUCGAGCUUACUCGCGCAGGCGUCGCACCGAAAUCGCCUCACAAAGCACCGCGACUGGAUCGCGAAAACAUAACACAGCUACUCAACGGCUGCAAUGGCGAACGGAAAAAAGUGCACGACAAAGACAAUGAUGUGCAUGUCAGGGAGUUACUGCUCUCGGCUCGAAACACCCGCUACAUGAUUCCGGACGACCCUCGAUUUGUCAGGCACAACACUGACGCCAUCGACGCGCUCAGCGGCGAAUCCAUAAAACAUUUCUUACUACUCUCUCUCCCCCAAUUUCCCACAUCAAACCCCCAAAUCAUUCAAACUGAAGCUCCUCCACCUCGCCCUUCUCAUAUUUUUUUCGUGGGCGUCUAUGUCCUUCCUGACCCGCUUCCUCCGCCCAUUCAGCAUGAGCUCCGCCCCCACGCAACCCAUGAGCGUCCCCAACGGGGCGCAAACCGCCACCGUCGCCGCAGGAUGCUUCUGGGGCGUUGAGCACAUGUACCGUCGCGAAUUCGGCAAGAAGGGAUUGCUGGAUGCAAGAGUGGGAUACAUUGGUGGAGACGUACAAGAUCCCGGGUACAGAGCUGUGUGCAGUGGGAGGACUGGCCACGCUGAGGCGCUCCAAGUCGUAUAUGACCCUGAAAAGGUGUCGUACCGAACCCUCCUCGAGUUUUUCUACAAGAUGCACGACCCCACGACAGCGAACCGUCAAGGACCAGAUGUCGGGACACAGUACCGCAGCGCGAUAUUCUAUCACGACGCUGAGCAGGAGAAGAUCGCAAAGGAUGUUACGGACAAGGUCAACAAGCAGUGGUGGAAAGGCAGCGUAGCUACGGAAGUGCUAUCUGCGGGCAAAUGGUGGGACGCGGAGGCGUACCAUCAGUUGUAUUUGGACAACAAUCCUUCAGGGUACGAAUGCCCAUCACAUUUCUUGAGGAAAUUCCCGGAUCUGUCGAAUUAGUACAUAGUAGAGUGG